UGCCUGGCGGGGACUUCAGCCCAGGGAUGCCCGCCUGGUCGCUGGGCGCCCGCAGCACGCCUGGGUGUCCUGCUCGCCAUGGGCCGCCCACCACCCCUCCUGCCCCUGUGUGCCUCGGUGUCUUUGCUGGGUGGCCUGACCUUUGGUUAUGAACUGGCAGUCAUAUCGGGCGCCCUGCUGCCACUGCAGCUUGACUUGGGGCUAAGCUGCUUCGAGCAGGAGUUCCUGGUGGGCAGCCUGCUCCUGGGGGCUCUCCUCGCGUCUCUGGUAGGGGGCUUCCUCAUCGAUCGCUACGGCAGGAAACAAGUCAUCCUGGGGAGCAACGUGGUGCUGUUGGCAGGCAGCCUGAGCCUGGGCCUGGCUGGCUCCCUGGCCUGGCUGGUCCUGGGCCGCUCAGCGGCUGGCUUUGCCAUCUCCCUCUCCUCCAUGGCCUGCUGUAUCUACGUGUCAGAGCUGGUGGGGCCACGGCAGCGGGGAGUGCUGGUGUCCCUCUACGAGGCAGGCAUCACUGUGGGCAUCCUGCUCUCCUACGCACUCAACUACGCACUGGCCAGCGUCCCCCGGGGCUGGAGGCAUAUGUUCGGCUGGGCCGCCGCACCUGCUCUCCUGCAGUCCCUCGGCCUCCUCGGCCUCCCUGCUGGCACAGACGAUGCUGCAGCCCGGAGGGACCUCAUCCCUCUCCAGGGAGGUGAGGCCACCAAGCUGGACCUGGGGAGGCCAAGAUACUCCUUUUUGGACCUCUUCAGGGAGCGGGAUAACAUGCGAGGCCGGACCACAGUGGGGCUGGGGCUGGUGCUUUUCCAGCAGCUAACGGGGCAGCCCAAUGUGCUGUCCUAUGCCUCCACCAUCUUUCACUCAGUUGGCUUCCGUGGGGGAUCCUCAGCUGUGCUGGCCUCAGUGGGGCUUGGUGCGGUAAAGGUGGCAGCUACCCUGAUUGCCAUAGGGCUAGUGGACCGAGCAGGCCGCAGGGCCCUAUUACUAGCUGGCUGUGCCCUUAUGGCCCUGUCGGUCAGCGGCAUAGGCCUCAUCAGCUUUGCGGUGCCCAUGGACUCAGGCCCAAGUUGCCUGGCCAUACCCAAUGCCACCAGGCUAUCAAGCCUCCCUGGAGACUCUGGCCUGCCAAUGGGCUUGUCUUCACGCCCACUGCCAACAACCAGCAAGAACCAAGAGAAGCCAGUCUCAUCAGCCUACGAGAAAACCAAGCAUUGUCCCAGAGCUGGGGAUCCCACAGCCCCUCCUGUGCCAGCCCUAAGCACCGCCUCCCCAGCACCCCUUUCUCCUGCCCCGGAGCGUGCCCUGCUGCACUGGGCCGCGCUGGUCUGCAUGAUGAUCUUUGUGAGCGCCUUCUCCUUUGGAUUCGGACCAGUGACCUGGCUGGUCCUCAGUGAGAUCUACCCCGUGGAGAUCCGAGGGAGGGCCUUCGCCUUCUGCAACAGCUUCAACUGUGCCACCAACCUCAUCAUCAGCCUCUCCUUCCUCGACGUCAUCGGCACUAUCGGCUUGUCCUGGACCUUCCUGCUGUACGGGCUGACUGCUGUCCUUGGCCUGGGCUUCAUCUAUUUAUUUGUCCCUGAAACAAAAGGCCAGUCGUUGGCAGAGAUAGACCAGCAAUUCCAGAGGAGACGGUUCCCCCCGAGAUUUGGCCACAGGCAGAGCACGUCUGGUGUCCAGUACAGUCGCAUCAAGGUCUCUGUGGCCUCCUGAGGAGUCCGUCUGCUUGGAAAAUGCUGGAACCACAGUUUUAGCAGACAGUCUCCAGCUUCUUGCUUGCCUGGGCCCCAGAACACAAGUUCUAAGUGGUCCUUUGAGACUGACCCAGAGGAGGUCUUUUGUGCUGGGGUAAAAGGGAUGAAAGUCUGAGAACCCAAAAGUCUUCAUGUUCAGUCUCAGGCUCUGAGGGUUUCUGAGGAGCUGCCUGGCCUCAGUUUCCAUAUUGACUCUGCACAUCCCUGCAGUACUAUAAUGAGAACAUCUUAUGAAGUUUCCACUGUUGCUUGGGCUUUCUCAAAGAAUCUCUGGGGUACCUGGCAGGAAAUCUUUCCUGGUAUCACCCCUAAAAACAGCUGAGAACACCAUAUUCUCUGCUCUCUUUUCCCAUCCGGCUGGGACUUUUCAGCGAGGGGAAGCCUGCUUUUUGCCUUUUUAUUUUGUUCACCCCUACAAUUCUCUUACCUGGAAUAUUUACCAUUCAUUCACCAGCAACUCUCACUGGUUGACAAGAGGCUUGAGUUCUAGUCCUGAUUCUGCUGGUGUCAUUGCUGUAUGACCAUGGGCCUCAGUUUCUUCCAUAUGUACAGUUGGGGGACCUGGGCCAGGUGGUUCUUAAGGUCUGACACCAGUGAGUUGGAAUUCUAAAUGCUGGUAAUACAACAAAUACUCAACAUGGGCCCUGCUCUCAAGUCGCUUGUCAUCUUUCUGGGCGAUGUGAGCUUUAUUAGGGGAAAGGUCCAUAGAAAUCCAGAAUCAUGUGCACUAAAAUCCAAGCACUUGGAACGAGCUGCAGGAGCUGUCUCCAGGAUGGUGCUGGUUGCCCUUCCAUACAGAAGGGAGAUGGGUUUGGAUUGAUUCUUAAUUGAAAAAUAGCUUUUAAGCUCAACAAAACACACCUGUGGCUAAAUUAUGACCUUUAGUCUGUGCCUCAGUUCUCGAUGCCUUUUCCUCUGAAAUACUCCUUUCCUCAGGGGUAGUGAGACUCCCAGCUUAAUCUCUUUAGAGAGUCAUGGCUUUUGGAAAUCAGUAGCAAGCAAACUGAGUAGCCAGGCAGCUUGAUCUAAAUAGGUGGGAGGGGGUGUUUUUGACCGUGGAGGAAAAAGACACGCAGGGUACAAAUGGUUCAUACUUUAAAACAUACCGGCACACGUAGGUGUGUGACUUGGGUAACUGCUCGUCUGUAUAAUGGGAAUGAUACUACUUACUAUUUAGAGACGCUGUGUGUCCAUCACUAGUUCAGGGCUGGGCUCAUAGUAGGUGCUCAGAAUCGCUGAGUAACUGGGCAGCCUCCAGGGACAUCUGGCCCCCAUGAGGAGGCCAAUGAGGGCAAGGACCAGGUGGCAGUUCAGAAGGGGGGGCAUCAAAAAUUAUUUUUUAUUUGGGGUAUCUACUAGGUACUCAAAGAUCUUUAGCACCAAUCAGAAAGGAGACAUGGUCUGUUCAUUGAUCUGCAAGGUGGAUACUGGGAAAUUCUUCUCCUCCCAGAUAACCUCAGAAUCACUUCAAAUUCUGGUCUAUGCCCAGACCUUUCAUAGGUGCGCCCAGCACUUACACCUUCCUGUUUUGGGCCAAAUGACACGACACAGACUACUUAUUAAAUGCUUUUUCUUAAAGUGAUUUGCUUUUCAACCUGUUGCACACAUGGGCGAUCUGCCCUGGUGUUCACCAUGGUGUUACGUCUUGGUUCUGAUGUGAUUGAGGAUUGUGGAGUUCCCUGGCACAAAGAUGAUCCGAAAAGAACUGCAGGAGGGAGGGAUGGGGGUUUGGAUGGGCUACAAAGAGAGGAGAUGGCAUGGCCCAGAGGGAGGGCCCAGAAAGUACACAACAUGUGCAGCCAGGACACCAGGUUUGAGUUCUGCCUCGGCUACUUGCUAGUUUUGCCUCUAUGAGCCUCAGUUUUUUCAUCUAUAAAAUGGGGCACCGGCAGGCCCUACCUCAAAGGUUUGAGGGCGAUUAAUUGAGAUACCAGAUGGAGAAAUCUCUUUCCAAGCUGUAAAGGGCAGUGUACCCAUAGAGAGUGGGGAUCCUCUGGAAAUUCUCCCCAGAAUUGGCAGGGCUCCCCCCGCUCAGUGGCUGCCUCCAGGCCCUGCUCUGACCCAGGGCCAGACCCAGUUUCCAUAUCUGUUCAUUUUGCUUUCCAGCACAAAUAUUCUUUCAUCCAUGGCAUAGGAGGACGAUGGAAUUUUGACAUGAGGCAAAAAUGUUCAGGGUCACACUCUGAAAGUGCUUCCAGACCCCCACAUGCUGGGUCCUGUCCAGGGUAGAAGAGAUUCUCAUGGAUGGGUGGUACAUGGGUUUGGAGCUUUCCUCCUCGUGACAUUGGAAGUGGAAACGCUGACAUCCUGCUUUUAAUUGAUCCUCACGAGAUGCAAAAAUUUCCCAAGUAGGCUGUUGUGUUGAAAGCUUCAUAUUCUAAAUGAAAUGAAACAACUCAAAAUGUUUUACUUAAUGAGGUGAAUCAAAACAUCACACGAAUUUUAGUAUUAUUAUCUAAUCUAUUUAGGUCUACCUUGUAUUAAAAUCAUAUUGAAACAUUUGUUGACUCAAAUUUAGGUCUUUCUAAAUUACCUGCUUAAUACAGCCUCUCGCUGUUCAUUUGAAUUCUUUCUUUUCUGUGACAAUAUUUGAGAAUCUUUAACGAUUGUUAUUGCCCAUAACAAUAGCUUUCAGAGUGUGUGUGUGUGUGUGCAUGUGUGUGUGUGUCCCGCUGGACUUGGCACUACAAAGUUGCUAAACUCUUCCAGAUCUGGAGUCCGAUGCCAUCCCAGCUCUCCUGAUUUGAUGGGCUGGGUGGCUGAUUCCUAUGAUGUGAUCCCAAAAGCUCUCUCUAGAGCAUGUUAUUCUUGCAAUAAUAAAUGUACAUUUAUUUUUAA